AUGGCUUUUCCCUGCCGCAGGUCCAUGAUACCAAAGGCUCUGGCCCUCCUCCUGGUGGAAGUGAGUUUCUUGGCACUGCACCUGUGGUUCCUCCAUGCCCCGAGGUCCCCUUAGAAGUGGGAGGGCCCCACCGAAGAUCCCGCGGCCGCCACGCAGCCGUCGGCGCUCAACCCGGGGGCCCCGUGCGUGGGCAACGCCUCGGUGAACACCACGGCUGACUUUGAGCAGCUGCCUGCGCGGAUCCAAGACUUCCUGCGGUACCGCCACUCCCGCCACUUCCCGCUGCUCUGGGACGCUCCGGCCAAGUGCGCGGGCCGCCGUGGCCUCUUCUUACUGCUGGCCGUGAAGUCGUCGCCCGCGCACUACGAGGAGCGGCGCGAGCUCAUCCGCCGCACGUGGGGGCAGGAGCGCAGCUACGGCGGGCCGCCGGUGCACCGCCUCGUCCUCCUGGGCACGCCGGGGCAAGAGGCGGCGCGCACCGAGCGGCUGGCGGCGCUGGUGGGCCUAGAGGUGCGCGAGCACGGCGACGUGCUGCGGUGGGCCUUCGCCGACACCUUCCUCAACCUCACGCUCAAGCACUUGCACCUCCUCGACUGGCUGGCAGCGCGCUGCCCGCACGCGCGCUUCCUGCUCAGCGCAGACGACAUCUUCGUGCACACCGCCAAAGUGCUCUGCUUCCUGGGGGCACAGCCGCCCAUCGGCCACCUCUUCAUCGGACAGCUCAUGCAAGGCACCGUGCCUGUCCGCGACAGCUGGAGCAAGUACUUUGUGCUUCCGCAGCUCUUCCCCAAGCGGGAAUAUCCAGUGUACUGCAGCGGCUGCGGCUUCCUGCUGUCCAGCCACACGGCCCGGGCCCUGCGCACGGCUGCACGCCACACCCCGCUCUUCCCCAUCGACGACGCCUACAUGGGCAUGUCUCUGCAGUGCGCCGGCCUGGUGCCUAGCGCGCACAGGGGCAUCCGGCCCCACGGCGUGCAGCUGCCCGGCUCCCGGCAGCCCCCCUUCGACACCUGCGUCUACCGCAAGCUGCUCCUCGUGCACCGCUUCGCGCCGUACGAGAUGCUCCUCAUGUGGAAAGCACUGCAUGACCCUGCACUGAGCUGUGGCUGGACACCCAGGGUCUCCUAA